CUUGGCUUGACUUUGACGGGAAAUUCAUUCUCUGAUAAGAUUUCGUUGAGACAAUUUCAUCGUUUUUUCGAGAAAAUCAUGGCAGUUACUGUAAAAACAGUCGCUACAACGCCCUUUGAGGGACAAAAACCGGGAACCAGUGGUUUGCGGAAGAAGGUCAAAGUUUUUACCCAACCCAACUACACGGAAAACUUUGUACAAUGCAUUUUGGAUGCAAACGGUGCUUCUAUUGUCGGUUCCACGCUCGUUGUUGGCGGCGACGGUCGUUUUUACUGUCCCGAAGCGGUCCGUUUGAUCAUCAGAAUUGCCGCUGCGAAUGGCGUAUCGAAAUUACUCGUCGGUCAAAACGGAAUUUUAUCAACUCCCGCCGUUUCGAGCUUGAUUCGCUUCCACAAAUGUCUCGGAGGUAUCGUUUUAACAGCCUCGCACAAUCCCGGAGGUCCUGAAAAUGAUUUCGGCAUUAAAUUCAAUUGUGAAAAUGGAGGUCCAGCACCCGAUAAGUGCACGGAUGACAUUUACAAACUCACCACGGGCAUCAAAGAGUACAAAAUCUGCGAUGGGAUUGAAGUUGACAUCACCAAAACGGGAAUUUCCAAGUUUGAGGUCAACGGAAAGGAGUUUACGGUUGAAGUUUUAGACUCGGUAGCGGAUUACGUGCGUUUGAUGAAGGAAAUUUUCGAUUUUGGGAAGUUGCGGGACUUUGUAUCGGGCAAAUCCACGGGAAAACCCUUGAAAAUGCGCAUCGAUUCGAUGAACGGCGUCACUGGGUCGUACGUUAAUGAGAUUUUUGUCAAGGAAUUGGGAGCUACGCCCGAUAAUGUGGUUCAUACAACACCCUUACCUGACUUUGGAGGCUUGCAUCCCGAUCCAAACUUGACUUAUGCGAAAGAUUUAGUUGAUACUGUGCGUGCUGGCGAUUACGAUAUCGGAGCUGCGUUCGAUGGCGAUGGCGAUCGUAACAUGAUUAUCGGGCGAAAAGCGUUUUUCGUGUGCCCAAGUGACUCGUUAGCGGUUAUCGCGCACUAUCUCGAGUGUAUUCCGUAUUUUAAGAAAAAUGGCGUCACCGGAUUGGCUCGAAGUAUGCCUACAGCAUCGGCAGUUGACUUGGUUGCCAAAGCCUUGGGCAAGGAAAUCUUCGAAACACCCACCGGAUGGAAAUAUUUCGGAAAUCUCAUGGAUGCGGGACGUCUUUGUUUGUGCGGCGAAGAGAGUUUUGGCACCGGAUCCGAUCACAUUCGCGAAAAAGAUGGCGUUUGGGCCGUUUUGGCAUGGCUUUCGAUCAUGCAACACACCGGAAAAUCCAUCGAAGACAUUUGCGUGGCGCAUUGGAAGACUUAUGGGCGCAAUUAUUUCACGCGUUACGACUACGAGGAAUGCGAACUUGCUCCGUGCAACGAAAUGAUGGCAACUCUCGAAACGAAAAUCACUGACCCCGGUUUUGUUGGCAAGGAUUUCAGUGCUUGCGGCAAAAGUUACAAAGUAAAGUUGGGCGACAACUUCAGUUAUAACGAUCCCAUCGACAAAUCCGUCGCCACGAAGCAGGGAUUGCGAAUUGUCUUCACGGAUGGCAGUCGUAUUGUUAUGCGUUUGAGCGGAACAGGCAGCUCCGGAGCAACAGUUCGUUUGUACAUCGAUUCGUACGAAAAGGACAACGUUUUGGGACAAGCGAGUGAAAUGCUGAAACCUUUGAUCGAAAUUGCCCUGCAAAUCUCGGAAUUGCCCAAAUUUACGGGACGCAAUGCUCCAACUGUCAUCACUUAAGCAUUUUAACGAAAAUUGAAAAAAGCAUUUUACGGAAAAAACGCUUCUCAUGCCAUAGAAAACGUGCAAUCAAGUCUCUCAAAAGUCAAAUAGUUGUUUUGUUAUUAUUUGUUAAAUAAACUAAAUUUAAUCAAUACGGAAA